GGUAGAUUACGAGUGGUUGAUUGGUUGUGGCUACGAUAUCAGUUAGGCUAUUUUUAGAAACAGCUCAAGCGCAAGCGGAAGGCAACGUCAUUAUCCAAAACAAAAAUGGCGACCACACAAGGACUGUUUCCAGAUGCACUGUUUAAAUUCGAUCAUUUAGAGAGAAAGGUACAGAAACACCUGAAGAAGAUCUAUGGCACCCUGGGUAUCUCCAUGCUGGCAGCAGCUGCUGGAGCUUACGUCCAUGUCGUGGCUGGGCUCAUAUCUGGCGGCCUUCUGACGACCCUGGCGGGUAUAGGCCUGAUGAUAUGGCUGGCUGCCACCCACCACAGCAAGGCCAAUGAGCCCAAGAGGCUGGGCAUCUUCAUGGGAUUUGCCUUCUUCAUGGGUAUUUCCCUAGGACCUCUAAUGGACAUGGUCAUCAGAAUUGAUCCAAGCAUCAUCAUGACAGCUUUCAUGGGGACAUGUGUGGUGUUCAUCGGUUUCUCACUGGCUGCCCUCUUCAACACGAACAGAACAUUCCUCUACAUGGGAGGUUUCCUGCUCUCCAGUCUGUCAUGGCUGUGUUUGGCUGGCUUCAUGAACAUUUUCUUCCGGUCCCAGAUGAUAUGGAACGUACAACUGUACGGCGGGCUGCUACUCUUCUGUGCCUUUGUCCUCUACGACACCCAGCUCAUCAUUGAGAAAGUACGCCAUGGCGACGACGACUACAUCUGGCAGAGCGUUGACCUCUUCCUGGACUUUAUCAACAUCUUCCGUCGCCUUAUGAUCAUCCUUGCUUCCAAGGAAGAGGGGAAGAAAAAGGCGUGACUAGAGCAACUGAUAUUGGAAGAGUAAAGGCCUUUUAACACAGAGGAAAUUUCCAUGAAAGUGUGGCUGAGGUUAUCUGGACUUGAACUUUAAUUUAAAUAACAAAGAAUAUGUAAUAAACAACCUGUUGUGUUGACUUAUGUGAGAAAGUAUACUUUUACUAAUAUUUGAAUAUGCUUUUAUGAAAAUUGGUCUGUUGAUUAAGUUUCAAACAUUACAUGUAUAAAAUAAAUAUGUUAUAUUUUUUUAAAUAAUUGGGAAUAUAACCAGUAUAAUUUAAAAUAUAUUGAAAAUUACAUUGACAAAGCUUACUCGUGAAAUUGCUUUCAGGGCCUGUUAGUCUAACUGCAUGCAUUACAUUAUUAUAUAGAGUAUAUCAGAAAGUUAUAUUUAUUAUCAAGUAUAUGUCUAACUAUUGUGCUUUCAAACUCCAUAUAUUUCUUUACAUAAUAAUAAUAUUGAAGUGCAACAAUAUACUGAAUGUUCCAAAAACAUGUUGGUCAACGUUCAGAUACUGACAUGGUUUAACACCUACAUUUGCUGGAAUUUAUGAAAAUUACAAAACCAAGAAGGCGUUGGUCCUGUCAGAUAUAUGUAGUUCUUGAUGCUUAAGUAUUAUUUCUUUGUUUGUUGUCACAUACUUGUAUUAAUGGUAAAUUUGUGAUUAAGAAAACAAAAACAAAACUAAAGGAUUUUGAAUAAGUCUGUUCCCUUUUUUUUUUCAAUCUUGCUUUAUUAUUAAUGUUGUUUUUUUUAAUUGAGAUUUAUUGGUGUGAUAGGUGAUGGUGAAAAAUACAAAAACCGACAUUGUACUGUGUUUUUUUCUUAAUCUGUUUUUUCCUGUCUAUGAUAGUGUUUAUUUCCUGUUUAUGAUUGUGGUAAUUUUUUCUGCUAUGAUUGUGUCUUUUUUUUCCUUUUAAUACAUUGUUUGCCAUUUAUGUGGGUUUAAAAUUAAGCACGUUGCACAUAAAUAGCUUAUGUGUUAGCCCAGUUAAACUAUUGUUGUUGGAAGAUCUAUAAACAUUGGUUUUAAAUAAUUUAACUAUUACGAUGUAUAUGUCAAGAAAUACUAGUAUGUAUUACUUUAUUCAGCUAAUACACAUUUUCUCGUAGUUUUUUAAGUUUGGUACAGUUUUUUUAAAUCAUAUUGAAAAUUGAUUGUUCCUUUUUCUGUGCAUCUGUACACUACUUACAAUGGAUAGUCCUUUGUUUAAUGAUGCAGACCGAAGCAAGAACUUCAAAGUAAUUUGUUGGAUUUUCUUGUCUUGUGAUUUCUUCAAUUACUAUACUUAAUGAUUGACCGAUUUGUGUUAUUGUUCUUGUUUAUCACAACUUUGAAGAUUACUGUUGAUUAUUUUCUUUUCAUAGCUUAUUAUGUUCAAUAGUU